UUGUUGAGCGCGAAUUUCAAGCUGUUCUGUCGUACCUCGUCCUUCUCUCCUUAAAUCGCGGUGCCUGCGAUUUUCCUCGCCGGGGACUCGUCGGACGUCAAAGAACCGGAGAUAAUGGCGUCUUCUUCAUUUCGGUCCACAUGUAAUACUCUGGUAAAAAGGGUCGCCCUUUUUCAGCGGGGCUUCUCCGCAAAACCCUCUUCUUCCUCGUUUUACUCCGCCGGUAGCGGCAGCAGCGCUCGGAGGGAAAAGGACGAUGCCGCGGACGGUGAAGAGGAUUCCGUUCCGACCGCCGGAAUCAGCCGCCCGCUUUCCGAAAUACUGAAGGAUCUCAACAAGAAAGUGCCCGACUCCCUCAUCAGAGUUCGUACUGAAGCUGACGGUUUCCCCAUCAAAUACAUCCCCUGGCAUAUCGUGAAUAGGAUCAUGAACUUACAUGCUCCGGAAUGGUCUGGCGAGGUCAGAAGCAUCACAUACUCCGCUGAUGGAAAGUCGGUAUCAGUUGUCUACAGAGUGACGCUUUAUGGAACUGAUGCUGAGAUAUACCGGGAAUCAACGGGCACUGUUUCAGUAGACGAGCCGGGCUUUGGUGAUGCUGUGCAGAAGGCAGAGGCAAUGGCUUUCCGUCGUGCUUGUGCUCGCCUCGGGCUAGGUCUUCACCUCUAUCACGAAGAAAUGUCGUAGCUGGACGGGCAUCGGGGCGUGUGCCUUCCCAAGCAACAAUCCUUGUGUAAAAGUGCAUAAAUCAAGAUUCUUGGUCUUGUAACUGCAUUGCUAACCCUAAUUUCUUGUUUUACCUUGUUAUUA